AAAACACAAGGCCAAGAGAAAAUGUAGAUAAAUUGAAACAAAAAAGAAGGCAACCGUAUAGUCUCAGCUCUCAGGCCAUAUCACACGAAUACCCAGCUGAAACCUCCAAUGGCUACAACCAUCAAGCCUAUUCUUCCACUUUAUCAUUCACAUAAACAAACAGUUUCCUCUCCUACUCCAUGCAUUUCCUGCAAACCCAUCUCGGAUCCCAUGGCUUCUUUGCAAAUUUCGCAUUCAACUCGGCCACGCGGACAAGUGGCAGUCUCAGUUGCUUUCAAUCCAUCAGGGAAAUUCGACUUCUCUUUAACUGACGAUGAAGAGGAUACAUCAAAAGUGGCACCUCCAAUGCCACCUAGUGAAGACCGAUUUGACGUGGUUAUUGAUAAUGAUAUCAUUAGCCGUCUUGACUUAUCCCCAUUUCAAGCCACAACAGGGAUUACCUCACCAUUAUCUGUUGAGCCAAAAGAGUUUCUUGAACGUACAAUUGGUUUUACCAUCAACUAUACAAGAGAAGAUCAAUAUGAUCCUAGAGAAUUAACAGAAUUUCCUGAUAUAAGACUCUGGUUUGUAAGACUUGAUGCUGCUUAUCCAUGGCUGCCUGUCUUGUUAGACUGGCGAGCAGGAGAGCUAGCUCGUUAUGCAGCCAUGUUGGUCCCUCAUCAGAUGAAUAUGAGAAUGGGUGUUGUUUUUAAUCCUGAGGCACUGGAACUGUUCGUUAUGAAGAAAGUUUUUAUUGUCUAUUCUUGGUUGAAGCAACAUGAUAUUCCUAAGCCUAGAUUGAAGACAAGUGACAUGGCCAGGAUGCUUGGAUUUGGAAUUGGAGAUGAACUAUUCGACUUGAUCGAAAAGCACCCACUUGAUCUAUCCUAAACAAUUAAAGAAGCCUGCAACUCUAAUUGUACUCCACUUGAAUCCAAGAUCUCAGUUCAAGAUUCAAAAUACAUUUUCAAAGACCCCAUAUAAUGAUAAUGACCAUGAUAGAACAUCUAAAAGUAGUUUCCCCCUCAUACGAUGAGAUUCACCAGAGCUGAAGUGUAUCAUUUUGUCCAAAAGCGAUGCUAUUCACAAUUUUGUACUUUGUGGGGUACUUGGUGAAGAUCUGACAUCUUCACUUAUGUUUCUCCAAAACUGUAGUUCUUUAUAUCUCUUAACAUACAUUUGUGUUUCUGAUCGUUACAUUUUGAAUCCCAGCCAAAGGAAAAAGACAUUGGGUGAAUUUGCUGUAAAAGUUUUUUGUCAAGAAUGCAUCAAGGCAUUUUCAAAUGGAACAAAAAUGGUAUCUGUACAUAUAUAAUAUAUUAUUAUAGUCACAGAA